AUGGAUCCUCCAGCGGGGAUCGCCUGUCUGCUGCUCUGCUGUGCGCUCUUCCUGCCCGGGAGCGCCCUGCAGAGCUCCAGGGAGAGAGAUCCUAUUUUGAGGAAUAUAGAGGAAUACAGACUUGUCGUCCCAAUCAGCACAGAUUCAGAGGGCAGGUUCCUAUCUAACCUGGUGUCUGGACCUCCAAGGGGGCGCUUCCGAAGAGAUGCUGGAGAUAUGCAACAUGAAGCUUCAAAUGAGCAAAUAUUUUAUAAUGUCACUGUUUUUGGAAGAGAGUUUCACUUCAGGCUGAGACUGAACUCUAGGCUGGUUGCCCCUGGAGCAACAAUUGAAUGGCAAGAGGAUUCUAAUGUGACUCAUAUUGAACCACUCCAUGGGAAUUGCCUAUAUGUUGGGGAUAUCACUGAUUUGCCUAACGCUUCAGUUGCUAUAAGCAACUGUGAUGGGCUGGCUGGCAUGAUUCGCACAGACAAGGACGAGUUCUUCAUUGAGCCUCAGGAGAAGGGCAGUCAGGAGGAAGACGGAGGCAGGACACAUGUGGUAUAUCGCAGAGCAGCUGUCAAGAAGCCACUUCCCACUGAGAACACAGAUAUCCAGUAUAAAGCAGCUGACCUGAGUAAUCUGGAUAACCUUGUCAGUAUGCUGAGCCUCAUUGAAGACCAAGUAAAUAACUCAAGAAAGAGAUAUCGGAGGCAUGCGACUGAUGAUGACUACAACAUUGAAGUUCUCCUGGGAGUUGAUGACUCGGUUGUACAGUUCCAUGGAAAAGAACAUGUACAGAAGUACCUUCUGACCCUGAUGAAUAUCGUGAAUGAAAUCUACCAUGACGAGUCCCUAGGUGCCCACAUUAAUGUUGUCUUGGUGAGGAUAGUCAUGCUGAGCUAUGGGAAAUCCAUGAGCUUAAUAGAGAUUGGGAACCCUUCCCAGAGUUUGGAGAAUGUAUGUCGCUGGGCCUAUCUACAACAGAAGCCUGACACUGCACAUGCAGAAUAUCAUGACCAUGCUAUUUUUCUCACAAGGCAGGAUUUUGGUCCAUCUGGCAUGCAAGGCUAUGCUCCAGUUACUGGAAUGUGUCAUCCUGUACGAAGUUGCACCCUCAACCAUGAAGAUGGUUUUUCCUCUGCAUUUGUGGUGGCCCAUGAAACUGGGCAUGUAUUAGGCAUGGAGCAUGAUGGCCAGGGCAACAGGUGUGGGGAUGAGGUCCGAAUGGGGAGCAUCAUGGCCCCUCUUGUCCAGGCUGCAUUCCAUCGCUUCCACUGGUCUCGCUGUAGCCAACAAGAGCUGAACAGAUAUCUACAUUCCUAUGAUUGUCUGCGUGAUGAUCCUUUUGAACAUGAUUGGCCUUCCCUUCCCCAGCUGCCAGGAAUUCACUACUCCAUGAAUGAGCAGUGCCGUUUUGAUUUUGGUUUGGGCUACAUGAUGUGCACAGCUUUCCGUACGUUUGAUCCCUGCAAGCAGCUGUGGUGUAGCCAUCCCGAUAACCCUUAUUUCUGCAAAACAAAGAAGGGACCGCCACUGGAUGGGACUAUGUGCGCGCCUGGAAAGCACUGCUUUAAAGGUCACUGCAUCUGGUUAACUCCAGAUAUCUUGAAACAGGAUGGAAAUUGGGGAGCAUGGAGUAAGUUUGGCUCCUGUUCUCGAACCUGCGGUACAGGGGUAAAAUACAGGACACGGCAAUGUGACAAUCCACACCCAGCUAAUGGAGGCCGUACAUGCAUGGGGCCAACCUAUGAGUUCCAGCUUUGCAGCACUCAAGAUUGUCCUCAGCAGUUUGAUGAUUUCAGAGAGGAGCAGUGUAGACAAUGGGACCCUUACUUUGAAUAUCAGAAUACGAAACACCACUGGCUCCCAUAUGAGCAUCUCGAUGCUAAAGAAAGGUGCCAACUGUACUGUGAGUCCAAGGAGACUGGUGACGUAGUGUAUUUGAAACGAAUGGUACAUGAUGGAACCCGCUGCUCAUAUAAAGAUUUUUAUAGCAUCUGUGUGCGAGGGGAUUGUUUGAAAGUUGGAUGUGACAGGGUAAUAGGUUCCUCUAAGCAAGAGGAUAAGUGUGGUGUCUGUGGUGGAGAUAACUCCCACUGCAAGGUGGUGAAAGGAACGUUCUCCAGGGCACCAAAGAAACCAGGGUACAUUAAGAUGUUUGAAAUUCCUGCUGGUGCAAGGCACUUGCUUGUACAAGAAACAGAUGCCACCAUUCAUAAUCUUGCCAUUAAGAAUCGAGAAACAGGGAAAUUCAUUUUAAAUGAAGACAACUAUGUACCGGAUUCUAAAGUAUUUGUUGACAUGGGUGUGGAAUGGGAAUACCGGAAUGAUGACGAUAGAGAAACAGUGCAGACCAUGGGGCCUUUGCGCAGUGGUAUAGUCAUUCUGGUGAUUCCUCAUGGUGGUGCCAAGGUUUCUUUGACUUACAAAUACAUGAUCCAUGAAGACUCCUUAAAUGUAGAUAACAACAAUGUUUUGGAAGAUGAUUCAGUAACGUAUGAAUGGGCUCUGAAAAAAUGGUCGCAGUGUUCAAAGCCCUGUGGAGGAGGUUAUCAGUUUACGAAAUAUGGCUGCCGGAGGAAGACAGACCACAAGAUGGUUCAUCGGAGAUUCUGCGAGACGAUCCAAAAGCCAAAGCCUAUUCGCAGAGUGUGCAAUCUGCAGGAAUGUUCCCAACCAAUAUGGGUUACAGGAGAUUGGGAGCCCUGCAGCAAAAGCUGUGGAAAAACAGGAUAUCAAGUACGUUCUGUACGGUGUAUCCAACCCCUGCAUGACAACACAAAUCGUUCUGUUCAUACCAAAUAUUGCAACAAUGAUCGUCCAGAAGGCAAAAGGUCUUGCAAUCGAGCACUUUGCCCUGCACAGUGGAGGAUAGGACCCUGGUCACAGUGCUCUGUAACUUGUGGAAACGGCACACAGGAACGGCAGGCUUUGUGCAGGACAAGAGAGAAUGCUAGUGGCUAUUGUAAAGAUGACAAACCGGAAACAAUGAGGAUCUGCAGACUAUCUCUAUGCCCCAGAAAUGUUUCUGAUCCAUCAAAGAAAACCUAUAUGAUACAAUGGCUGUCAAGACCAGAUGGAGAUUAUCCCAUCCAGAAAAUAUCUUCAAGGGAACGUUGCCAAGGAGACAAGUCCAUGUUUUGUCGCAUGGAAGUUCUCUCUCGUUACUGUUCAAUGCCUGGUUACAAUAAGCUGUGUUGCAAGUCCUGUAACAUGUAUAACAACAUAACAGAGGAUGAUAAUGUAACUGAUUCUAACCUAAAUAAGAACGACAUUGAGGAGAAUCUCCUGUCUACCCUUACUCCUCCUACUGGGGUGGUUGUCAUGCAGGCUACUGCUGGUCCUCCUCUUGUUUCCAAAUCAAACGCCACCCAUUCCAAUGCAACUGAGGACCAUCCAGAAAUUAAUGCGGUAGACGUGCCAUAUAAAAUAGAUGGGCUGGACAAUGAAGUACCGCAGCACAACCUCAUCCCACGGAGGAGGCUGCCUUACGAAAGGACAAAGAACCAAAGAAUUCAGGAGCUGAUCGCUGAGAAAAGAAAGAGAGAGACUAUUAGUAAGCGACAUUAA